AUGAUGGAAGAUCUGUUCCCUUCCCCUUGCUUCCUCCCGCCCACGCCUUCGUCUUCUUCCUCCCAGUCUGCCUUCCCGUCUGCUUCGCCGUCGCCUAUUCUUCGAAGCAAAGAAGAGCGAGCGAGCGCGGCUGCCGGAUCUCAUGCCGCCGCGAGCGGCGCCAGGGUGCAGUACCUCUCUCCCUCUGCUGCUUCUCUUCUCUCAGGAUGCUCGCCACCUCGAACACUGCUUGAGUCGGUUUCAUCCGCUCCGCCUUCUACACAAGCUGUUCAGCUAGCAGGUGAAUCCAAUGAUGCGGCGUCAACGUGCGCGGCCCCCGCGGAUGGAAGAGAGAAGUCUUUUCCCCACGGCUUCCGAGAUCAAGGCAGUGGCCUCCCGACUCGGGAGGGUCUCGCUUCGGAAGUUGUUUCAGACAACCCGAUUGCUGGUUCAUGUUCACGAGGUAGCGAUCCAGGCGAGCGCCAUGCACCCCCAGGUGACGGCGCGCACGGUGUGACUCAGGCACAGACCGGCACCGGCGAUGUUGAGCGGGGUGUGGAGGGCGUUGAAAACUCACGUGUGACCGGCCGAACUUCUCCGCCGCGUGCAGAGACAGAGUCGGGAGGGGGUCGGACAAAGCUGGGAUCCAGACAGUCUGGAGCAAGGCCUGAAAAAGCGCCAGUGGGAGAGCCGGAUGAGCAGCAGGAACAAGGAUCGCUGGCGGCGAAAGGGCUCGAAGAAGCCGACUUGCCUCCGCGUGCAUCAUCACUUUCGGAGGAGCCCCACGGAAGUGCAGAGAACGAGCAACGUGGAAACGCGUUCCAUACAGAGCGAAGACGAGCGCUCUCCGCUGGACGGAUUGCAGGGGGCAAGGACCGCAGCACUCCCCCGUUCCUGCUGUCUUCGGAUGCUUCCCUUCGCAUUCGAGAGGCGAGGAGCUUCUUCAUGAACGCCUGCAGGCCGUCGGGAGUGCGUCGCAGCUCAGGGGCUGCUAUCGCGUGCUCGCGGAACUGCGGAGGAGCCGCCAGUAGUGCAGCUGGGCCGACGGGACUGAAGACGUCUUCUGGGCGCAGCCGGUCUGCGGGAGAUUGCACAAGAAAAGCCGCCCAGGUCGAGGGAAUGUCUGCGGCCGACGCUGACGCGCCUGCUGCAGGCAAUGUUCGCGGCAUUCCUCCGGUUUCACCAGUCGAAAACCUGGACGGCGGCACGCGCCACCCACUCCGUGCCCCAGUGGCAACCAGUGACCAACUCACAGCUUCCGAACUGCAGAAAGAUCCUUCCCUUCCGUCUCCAGAGAGAUCACGGCGGCCCCACGGCGACAAUGUGCGCGGAGGCGAACGGGGAGGAGGGCACGAAAGGGUCUCUGAAUCUGGCAAAUCGAGUACUGGAAGGCGGCACACAGCCGCAUCGAAAGCGGGCGCUUCUUCGUAUGGAUCGCGUGCCUCGUCAGGACUGGUCGCCGCUCAGGGGCCUCAGGCUGUUUCCGCCCCCUCUCUCUCCUCGCAGUCCGUGUGCGAUGCUGCGCCUUCUGCGUCGGCGGAGCUAGCCGUUGUUUCUUCAUCCUUGCAUUCCUUGUCAACAUCCUUUAUGGGAGACUUACGCCAGCUUCGAGGUGUGUGCUACGCCGCAGCUGAGGAGGGACAGCUGCGGUCGAUGAUGUCGAUCUCGCGGAGGAGUACGAGUAAAUACCGGCGGCGGAGUAGGCGAGCGUCGGCAGCCUCCCUGCCGCCUUCUUCGCAGAAAUGCCUUCGCGCCUCCGUGUCGUCUCCGCGUCGUCCGCCUUCCUUCCUUCCGCGUCCGCAGAAUCGGCUGUCCUGCCCUGACUCGGGUCUGUGCGAAGCGCCCAGUGAAAGCGCCUGCCGAGGAAGCUUGGCCGCAGAAAACGGACUGAGUGGGGACAGGGUGGAGCCCAGCGCGGGCGCUGGAGGAAGGGACGGCGCGCGUGCCUGGGGGGCGAGGGCGGUGCCCGAGGAGGGAGAAGAGCUUUCUGGGAUGCCAGAUGCUGCGGAGGCGCCUGGAAAAAGGCAGGCCGUCUCUGUGACUGAAGGAAGGGGAGAUGGGCGUACGGCAAAAGCUCAGAAGGAAGGGGAAGAAGAGGGAAUGCGCGGGAAGGGAAGCAGAACGGGCGAGAGACGGCAGAGAAGCAUCUCAGAAGACCUGCAGGCGCGGCAGGCUGUGUCAAGCCCUGCGAGUGCGGUGCCCGAGGCCAAGGCCGCUGCCGGGAGAGCGGCAGGUCCUCCAGGUACAAGUGGCAGAAGUGUAGAGUCUGCAGAAACGCCCAGUGCAGCAGAGCUGAGAGACAGGUACGUGGAGCUUCUGGGGGAUCCGGGCCGGGAAGGAGGAAAAGAAGAGAGCUGGGCCCCGAUGAAACGCUGUCAGUCUCCUUGGCGUGGAGAGACCGUGAACGCGAGUUCGCUUGCCUCGCAGAGUGCAAUAUCUAGCACCUUCGCGGGAGCUGUGCCUCCCCAAAAGGCGCAGAGAAGCCCGGUGGAGACCGACGCCAAGGAAAGCUCUCGUUCGAUGGACGAAGAAAGGAAAAGCCAAACGCAGGAGAGAAGUGAGCUGGCGCCGGAGGCAACGUCGCCAGCAAUGGAGGCACGACCUGUGGCGGCAGCGACCUCGGGGCUAUUCCAGACGCGGGCAGUGGAGCCGGCAAAGCAUCUUCAGGAUGCGGCGAACCGCGUGGGAGACAGUCAGGCUCCUGCCUGGCGCCAAGGGCCAGGAUUGGCGAGCGGGGAAGUUUCAGAAGGGAAGGGCGUGACCAGAGACACGUGUGCAGCGCGUCAUGGGCCCAGCUCUCAGUCCGGUCUUGAUCAUGCGAGUCCUCAGAUUUCAGUUCACAUUCUUGAUGAAGAAGAGCAGUCGGCCUCUCGUCCUGUUUCUCCGCCGUCCUCGGUGUCUUCCACCGUCUUCCCCUCUCGUCGCGUUUCCGCGGGUCGCCUCUUUACUGGGCCGUGUAGAACCAGCAGUGGUGAAGUUCGCUCUGGUGAAGAAGACAGCACAGUCGAGGAGGGAAAGACAGCGGAAUUGGCUCAAGAACAGAACAGUGAAGCAGGUGCCGCUUCCCCGCUGGAAAAUGGAUCCCACGACGGCGGAGGCGUCUGUGUGUCGUCUGCGGCAAGGACGCAUCCGGCUUCGUGUGUAGGCUCUUCUUCUUCAUCCUCACCUGUCGCAGCCACUGGCCGGCAGCCAGAGUCCGCGAGUGCGCCUGGGAUUCUUGCUUUCCACAGAGGACGACUGGCGGCAGGACGCUCCUUCGUGGCUCAGCCGGUAGGCACCACCAGUGAACCGCUCGAAGCUGCGCGAGACGGUGAAGCCACAGACGACAAGGAAGACGACGGGGACGUGAGCGACGCGCCGACGACGUGUGAUGUGUCUUCUGUUCCCCCGAUGGUGGAAGGCGCGCACCGCAGCACCCACGGCUCUUCUUCGUUGACCAGCCGGCAGCCGUCGCGCGAUCGGAGUGCUCCAGAAGGUGAGGCCACGAUGAGAGCAAGGGCGCCCACUUCUCCACUGAACGGCGACGCAAGAGCUCGACGCGGCUUACCCCCCUCCACCCACGGGAAAGCAACUGAGGCGAUGCAGCCGACGCAGCCUUCCUCUUUCUCAUCUGGCUCGUGUUCAUCGUCGCCUCGGGAGUCUGCGAGGAGAGACAGCGGGGAACGGAAGAGGGCUCGCGACGCCGGCUUCGUCGCCGACUUGAGGGCUGAGCUGCAGGUGCCCAAGUCGAGCGGCGGUCACCCGAGUGCAGCUGGCGAGCCAGGCUGGGUUCUGCGCGGCGACGUGGAUCAGCUUGAGGAUGGCGUAGAUGCUGAGCGGGCGGAGAGCUCGGAUUUUCGUCUGUCCAGGGGGCCCGCGCUGCAAAGCCGCGUGGAGAAGGAUGGUAGGCGUUCACAGCGGGAACGAAGAGAGAGCGACGGAGACUCCGCAAAGCGGACGCAGGAGGAGAGCCAGUCAGGGACCAUCUCUGUGUUGGCGGCCUCUCCACCCUCCUCACCGGCGAAUGCAAGCUGUCGUGGAGCGACGGAUGCGCGAAACCAGGCGCGUGGCGACGCGUCUCUGCGUGGUACACAGGAGAAACUUCCGUUCCCCGUAGGCCAGGCUGCGCCGGCUUUCCUGCCUUUCGGCCUGGGUGGUGCAGCUUCUUCAGUCGCGCCCUCAGGCGCCUCUUCUUCAUCUCCCCUGUUUUGUCUGUCGGCGACGGUGGCAGCGCCGCAUACGACGGGAGAGCGGCGCGUGGCUCCGCUGGUCGCUUCUGACCCUUCCGGCGGAGGCGAGCUCGGCGCAUCGGCGGGGGCAGGAGGAAAAGUGCAGGAGGGUUUGGGCGCAGACAGCUCGCUUCCGUCUCCUGCUCCGAGUCGCUGCUCGUUUCUGGCCUCGUCGCGUUCGUCGUCAGGCACCGGGGCGCUGCAUCCGGCGCGCGCCACACCGCCCUCCCUCUUGCAGGUGCCUCCUCCUCUAGUGAGUCCUUCGCAGUCGGCGGCGCUGCCUCACCGCGCAGGCUGGACGCGCGACAGGAGGCGGCCGUCGUCGCCCCGCGCGUCUUGGCACUCAUCUCCGCUGUCGCUUCCAGGCUUAAGUGAGCGAGCCGCUGCUUUGGGGGAAGGCGGCGACGGGCGACAGCGAGGACGCGCAGGCCACGGGCAACCGGCGGAGCACCCUUCGACCUCCGCGACAGCCGAUGCAGGCGCAGCGCAUAAACGAGUAGAGAAGAGGAGACUGUCCACCGGAGAUGAGCAACAGGGGACAACACAGGCAAAGCCACCGUCCCCCGUGGGGAGUUCACCCAUCUCCGGCAGGCAGUGGCUUCCCUGCACGUCGCCUUGCUCCUCUUCGUCGCCUUCUCCCGUUGGUCGGCGUGAGUCGUUCUUUAUCGCCGUACCUGUCCCCGUGGGUCGCUGCAGGGAGAAAGGAGACCGCAGCCGCCGCGACUCGCAGACGAAGGCUGGCGAAGGACAGCCGAGUGCGUCCCGGCGGAGCGAAGAGAACGACAGUGCCCGACGGGCGGGCGCGCUGGGCGAGCUGGCAAACAGCAGCAAGAGGCUGCGGGGUAAAGAGGCCUCAUCCGUGGUGGGAAAACGAGAGGAGAAGACCGGCACAGCAACAACUGGUUCCACAGCUUCUUCCCCUUUGACAAGUUCUCUUCGCUCGCCUGCAUCUUCCUUGCUUCCCUCUGCUCUUUCUUCUGGCCCUGCUGUCCACCACGCACCCGUGGAGGGAGGCAGACGCCAGCACCGCGGAGCGGACAACUGCCGUCGACUCUCGGUCGAAGCUGCUGAACUCCGAGCAGGCGCAGCAGGCGGGCACUCUGACGGUGGGGGCGCUGCACAGGUCAGUGAGACGCGUGUCUCCGCCGUGAGGUCCCAGUGCGUGCCGGACAGGGGCGGAGAAGAAAGAAGCGAAACAGGCUGUCGGAGGCUAGAGAUCGAAGAGGAGUCAUCCUCGGUCUCCGGUCAGCAUCGCGCGUCUACACGCGCCGCGCGGACUUUGCCUCCGCGCGUGCCUGGUGACGCCGGCUCCUCCCUGCCCUCGCCUCCGUCUCCGUCGCAGGCAGCGACCGUCUCGCCCAGUGCGUCGCCGCUGACGCGCCCCAGCAGGAAGCAGCCGAAGAGUGUUUCGUCUCUUCCAAUGUUCACUCGGGGUCAGGCGUGGCUUCAGGGCGUGCUGGGCGAGUGUGUCGGCUCGCUGUCACUGGCAAAGAAAGUUGAGUCGGUGCUGGCAACGUGGAAAACAAAGCUGGCUGACUUUGCUGCUGUGGCGACCGCCAGAGUUGUCGAGUCUCUCCUCGAUGAAGAGACCAAGGCUGACCUGGCGAUGGCGCUUCCGCCCGCCUUCUGCGAACUGCCCAACCUGGCGAGCGCGCAGCUGGGAGCGAAAGUCAUUUUCUGCAGCGGCUCGCGGCCGAGUGCGCGGCUGAGCGCUAUGCGCCUGCUGAGUCAGUAUCCACUCACGCUGGACGACGAACGUCGGUAUCUGCGCAAGGAAGAGAGCCACACCGCGAUCUCAGAAUGGAACGAGGGAGACGCGAGCAAAGACGUCUGCAUCAUCGUUCGUCUCGCUUCACCGGCUAUCGUGCACGGCAUUGAGCUCGUUCUGGAUCAAAGUGGAGCCGGCGCGGUGCGGACCGGAGAAGAAAAGAGAGAGGGAACGCUACUAGACGAUGCGAAGAUGUCUCUUGAUGUCGCCUCCCUUUUCGGAGGAGCGGAUGAAUCCUGUUUGUUGGAUGGCGAGGCACCAUCCGUGUGGAAGUCCGCUGUGUCGCUGGAGCCGCUCCUCCCGAACGAGGAGCGUCUCGUGUUCGCUCUAAGGACCGACGGUUUACCUCUCACGCAUCUUCGAGUUUCGCUGCACCUCGCAGCGCGGAGGCAAGACCGCGACGUGUGCGCGGAGGCAGAGGGACUCGCGCGCGAAGUUGAGGGCGACACAAUAUUUGCAGGUGUCCGUCGAAUUCGUGUGUAUGGCGAAGUAUGGGGAGACUCAGACGAUGCGCUGGAACGCGUUGAGGAAGGCCGCGUGGAAGUAGUCAGCGACGUGCUCAAAGGAGCGGCUAUCGUUGCAUGGGACGACGCAAGCAUUCCGGUGGGUCCCCCGCCGAAAAGAAGAAGGAAGGAGGAACCAGAGGAGCGAGCGGCAGGAGAAAGGCGCCAAGAGGUGCUCCUGUCAGCUUUUGGAGUGGGAGAGCAAGCGGAGGAGGCUGAGACGCCAAAAGAGAAUCAGUCAACGUGGAGAUGUGUAGAGAUGGCCGUUGUGCGCCUCAGCACGCGCGCUUCGCUCGAACGCGUGGAAGUUGUCUAUCGCGCAGCCGGUGACGAAGAACGUGGCGCCGCAUCUGGCGAGACGGGGGGUAGAGCCUCUCUCCAAAGAAUUCAGGCGCCGCCGGAGGCUUUCCAUACUGAAGAGUCAAAAGAAAACAACCAGCAUCUGCCCUCCAUCACUGUGGAACUAUGGGAUGCUGAAGAUAGCUCGCUGGUGAGUCCUGCAGGGGAGCAAUACUGA